AUGAUGAAGGUAUCAAUUACAGCUAUAUUAAUAUCGUUUGCUAUAUUAUUUACUUUAGGUAAGUCUGAUGAAGCGAUAUUUGAUAUUUAUUCUACCGAUGAAUAUGCAAACGAUGAAAUUAAUACGGUAUCUGGACAAUAUAGCCAAUUAUCCAAUGAUUCGUUGUUAUGGGGCCCGUAUAGAUCAUCGUUAUAUUUUGGAAUUAGACCAAGGAUACCAAGGUCUCUAUUAUCUGGGUUGAUGUGGUUCAACGUGGAUAGUUAUGAUGCAAUUGGUAAUCUCAGACAUGUAUAUGAACAGGGUGAUAAUAUGAAGAAAGCGAAUUGGGUAUCAUACGAUCCAAGAACUGGCGGUAGACUUGUAGUAUCAGAUCAAGAUUGCCAUAUUGAUGUUAUUAUCGAUUUUGUUAAAAGUGAAGAUGGGAAGUCUUGGGGGACCAAAAUAAAGGGUGUUCCUCAUAAGGGCUAUGAGAAAGUGAAGACUUCUUUUGUAUGGUAUUCGGGCUUAGAGGGUGAAACUGAAAGAAUAGAUGAUUAUGGUAAUAAGGUUUCAGAGAGAAAUGGGUAUUUAAAUUUAGAAAAUAAGAAGAAUGUCUUGGGUUAUGCCGAUAACGUUAAAUUGAGUGGUAUUUCUGAGGAACUAGGACUUUUUGAAUUGGAAAUUGGUAAAGGACCAAAAUCUAACAAACACCCAACUGACGCAACAUUACUUGAUCCUGAAUUAGAUACAUCUAAAUCACACCAUUACAGUCUAACUGUCCCAGACGAUCAUGUUUGGAAAGCCCGUGAUAUAUUUAUGACUAUGUUGAUGGAAUCAGUUAAGGAGCUCACUAAUAAGUACGGCAACAUACAAGAAUUUCCCCCGGAACAGGCAUUUAUAAUCAGAGAUUUGCAGAAUUUUGAAGGUAACUUGCAUUUCGUGCAAAAUGUCUUCGAGGGUAAAUGUGAGUUUGACGUUAUAUAUAAUAAUGCUGUUACACCAGAAGAAGAUAAAAUCACAUUUGAUAAUAUAAACACGAAAGCAAAAAAAGCGAUAAAAGCCUUUGAUAAAAAAUUUAGCCAAUCUUUCGACUUGAAAGCUCCAUUCAAUAAAGAUAAGACGCACGAAAAGUUUGCAAAGGAAAUGUUGUCAGGUUUAUUAGGAGGUCUUUCGUAUUUCUAUGGCGAUCAUUUAGUUGAUAGAAAUACAGUCUUUGACGAAGACUCGUUUGAAUCUUAUCAAUUGCAGGGAUCUUUUGAAGGACCCCAUGAAUUAUUUACAUUGGUUCCUUCUCGUCCUUUUUUCCCAAGAGGUUUCUAUUGGGAUGAAGGGUUCCAUUUAUUGCCGUUAUUAAAGUUUGAUUCGGAUUUAGCUUUAGAGGUAGUUCAAUCUUGGUUUAAUUUGAUUGACGAUGACGGUUGGAUUGCCCGUGAACAGAUAUUAGGUCCUGAACUGAGGUCCAAGGUACCCGAGCAAUUCCAAGUACAAAGUCCUGAAAUUGUAAAUCCGCCAACAUUAAUGCUUAUAUUUAGUGAAUUAUUAGAGAGUAUUCAAAACUCUAAUACUUAUGGUGAUAUCAAUGAACCACAGCAAGUAUCAGAUUAUGGUGAUGGAAAAACCUUUGACAAGAAAGAUCUUGGCCUGAUUAUUAUCAAGAAUCCUGAAGUCAUGACAGAUUAUGCCAAAAGGAUUUACCCUAAGUUAAAGACUCAUUUUGAAUGGUUCCGUAGAACCCAACAAGGAUAUAUCGAAGAAUUUGAUAGAGGUACCAAUAAGGAAGGUUAUAGAUGGAGAGGGCGUACCUUAACACAUUGUCUCGCCAGUGGAUUAGAUGAUUAUCCAAGAGUCAUCCCAGCUGAUAUCGCAGAAUUGAACGUUGAUUUGCUCUCUUGGGUUGGUGUUAUGACCAAAUCAAUGAAGUCCAUUGCAGGGUUCUUAAAUUACGAGAAUGAUUUCCAGAAAUAUCAGAAAAUUGAGAAUGACAUCGUUGAAAACUUGGAUAACUUACAUUGGUCUGAUUCUGAAAAGACGUAUUGUGAUUUAUCAGUAGAUGAUAAUGACGAAAAUAAGCAUAUUUGUCAUAAGGGGUAUAUAUCGCUAUUCCCAUUCUUGACAAAAUUAACUCCUGCUGAUGAUGUGGAUAAAAUUGAACAAAUUGUUGACCUUAUUUCGGACCCAGAAGAAUUAUGGUCUGACUAUGGUAUUAGGUCGCUUUCAAAGUCGAACGAAUUCUACGGAACAGAAGAAAACUACUGGAGGUCGCCAAUAUGGAUUCACAUGAACAGUUUAAUCUUGGAGAGUUUACAGCAUUACAGUAAAACUUCCUCCCCUUAUAUGUCCAAAGGGUUGAAACAGAAAAUAAGUGAAACCUACAAAAACUUAAGGACAAAUGUAGUUAACAACAUCAUAAAGCAGUGGAAACGCACAGGUUUUGUAUGGGAACAAUAUGAUGAUCAAACGGGAAAAGCAAAAGGUGCUAAAAAUUUCCUUGGAUGGACUUCUACUGUUCUCAUCAUUAUGAACAUGGAUGAAACAAUUUAA